CAUGGUCACUCUAAUUUAGGGCACGCGCUAGAACAACAAAGGCUAACGUGAAUAUUAUUUUAUUAAUUUAUUUAGAAGGAAAUAGCAAUUAAAAGACCGAAUUAUGUGCACCGGCUCGCCCAGCAGCAAUGGCUCAGAGGAGGGUAGCAGCGCCUCGGACCAGCAGCCGCAGCAGGAAGUCCAGGAGGCUGAGCAACCCUCCACGCGAACCACCCACGCAGUUGUGCCAGCUGCCACAUCGGAGGAAAUCCUGGCCGAGUACGGGAGCAACCUGAAGCUCCUCGAGUGCAAUUCGCAGGUGGCCGAGCUGCUGACCAUUCUGCGCGACAAAAACACCACCCGCAGCGACUUCAAGUUCUAUGCCGACCGAUUGAUUCGCCUUGUGAUCGAGGAGUCCCUCAACCAGCUGCCAUACACCCACUGCGACGUGGAGACGCCCACUGGAGCCAUAUACGAGGGCCUGAAGUACCGCUCCGGGAACUGUGGAGUGUCCAUCAUCCGGUCUGGCGAGGCCAUGGAGCAAGGAUUGCGAGACUGCUGUCGCUCCAUUCGCAUUGGCAAGAUCCUGGUCGAAUCCGAUGCCAAUACCCAUGAAGCUCGUGUGGUGUAUGCCCGCUUUCCGGAUGACAUUGGCAGCAGGCAGGUACUGCUGAUGUACCCCAUCAUGUCCACUGGGAACACUGUGCUGCAGGCGGUGAACGUGCUGCGGGAACACGGAGUCCCCGAGAGCUGCAUCAUCCUGUCCAAUCUGUUUUGUACUCCCAUGGCCGCCCGCACCGUCGUGAAUGCCUUCCCCAAGCUGAAGAUCCUCACCUCCGAGCUGCACCCGGUGGCCCCCAAUCACUUUGGGCAGAAAUACUUCGGUACAGACUAGAGAUUUGGAACUGUCAUGCAGACUUGACGACUAAGCGCUGCUUAGGAUAGGUAGCUGUCUCCCACAGACAAUCGCCUGUCGCCUUCGCCCCACUAACGUGUGCUCCUCUCUCUUUGUUUCGUCCUCCAGAUGGCAUUUGAAACGACAAAACCGGCGUCGCCCAGCGGUCUACCAAACUACUUUAGCAACUGUUAGCUUUUCACAACUGGGUUUUAAUGCAACUCUCAAAUACGUUACGUUCGUUACGCACUAUUGUAUAUAUAGGAAAUGAAUAAAUAUUUAAAACGA